UUUGCGGCCAAAUGUGUGAUAAGAAAGUCUGAGACAAUGAAUCAAUAUUUGGAUAACACUUAUCAGUCGUGUAAUAAUAACUAUGGCUUUGAUUACGAUUACGACAACCAAAUGGACGUAAAGCCAAAUGUGAAUGAACUGAGCUUUGAGUCGCCGUACGACACGUCCGACCGAUCGCUCGACACGAAUGUCAGCUUUAAUAUCGGCUCAAACAUCGGUCGCCAAUACACUCAUCCAUACACUCAGGCCUACACUCAUGCCUACAGUCAGGCCUGCAGUCAGACCUAUAGUGAAGCCGUAGGUCAGGCCGACGAUCACUCCUAUACUCAGGCCUAUAAUCAACACAACAGUCACUAUAAUUAUGGUUACAAUCACGUGAACGCACCGCCGGUCCAGUCCUUCACCCCAUUCCCAGCCAAUUGGACCGUCGAUUCCGGCCUCCAGUCGAGUAGUGGUCACUACAACUACACUAGUCUUCAAGAAACACAAAGGACGUAUGCAUAUCAACACCAAAUCACACAAAUUCUUGGCACACAUGACACACAUGAUCACAGAACUGAUCCCAGAACUGAUCCCAUAUGUGCAUUACAACUGCAGACUUGCGAUAUGAUUCCGAAGACCGUUGAAGAACUGGAUCUAAAGCCAUCGCAGAGUAGUCUCUCGUCAUCUCAAGCCAGUAGUGGUCCCAAAGAGUUGGUUAUCGACGAAUCGACAGCUUAUAUGUCGAGACAAAGACUUUCUGUCAUUGAAACCAAUCAUUGCUUAACAAAUGGUGACAAAAGAAAUGCCACGAAUUAUAUGGGCUUAAGUGGAACCACUUCUGGAGACGAGCCGUCAGUCAAACGCGUUGUUCACCGAAGAAGAGGUCAAUGGCGUAAGAAUUUGUCGUACGACCAGAUAAUGCGAGAGAAACGGGAGAGCAAUCGAUUGGCAGCCCUUCGGUGUCGACAGAAAAAGUUGGACGCAAUCGACAAAAUAGAGAAAGUGAGAGAUGUGUUGACCAAUGAGAAUAUGGCUCUGGAGGCGGAGGUGAGUCGAUACAGACAAUUGCUUCACGACUGGAAGUUAGACAUGAUUUAUCAUCAAAUCACUGAAUGCCAACUCCAGAAGAAGGCAUCGCAACCAGAGUCGCCAUCAAUACAAGAGCCCAAACAACCACGCAAUCCGUGAGCACUACAACGACUCCAAUCAUUUCAUAAACCAAACUCUUCUUAAGUUUUUUAUGGAUUUAAAUAUUAUUUUUCUAAUUAUUUGUCAUAAUUUUGAGUUAUUUAAACAUUAAAAAUUGUAUUUAUUUUUCAGAUUAUUUAAAAUUAACGGAUU